AUGAUGGAGACAUUGCCUUUGACUAAGGAAAUGACAGACAAGUUUAGAUUCUUUGAGUAUAUAUUGCUCUACAAAGAUGCAGUGAUGUUUCAGAUUGAACAAGUUACAAAGCUUUGUUCGAAGAUUGCUCUGACAGAGCCAUGGGAUCCUUAUGAUAUUCCCGCCAAUUCAACUUAUGAAGAUCAGUAUUACAUCGGGGGACCUGGAGAUGAAGUUAUGGUACAGGAAUGGUCUGACAGAAAACCAGCCAGGAAAUUGGAAUCCUGGGUUGGCGUUUACACGGUCAAAGACUGUUACCCGGUACAGGAAACCUACACAAAGAACUACAGCGUGACGACCUCCACUCGCUUUUUUGAUCUAAAGCUGGGCAUUGCCGACCCCUCGGUGUUCACCCCACCCAGCACCUGCCAGACAGCCCAGCUGAGGAGGAUGAAAGACGAAUGCUGAUUAUGGACACUGGCUGCCCCGGGCAAACAAAUAUUAGCACAGAGGAUGGUUAUUAAUAGUCAGCUGCUGACGUCUAGCCUGAUUUUUCAAGCUUAUUGUUGCUCUUUUGGGAAUUUUAAGUUUUCACUUGAAAGAGAAUAUAAACAUUUAACUUGAGUAAAAUAUGUGACACAAAAGAUCUCUUUUUAUCACAUGAAUCUGUUCAGUGAUGCACUUGCAGUAUUAUAUAGUUACGACUAAGAUACUAUUUAUAGAUACUAUUUAUUUAAGCUGUGGCUGGUUUUCCUUUUGCAAAGGUUUCAUUAUUUAUUUUUUCAAGAAAACAAAGCAGAAGCAGACUGCAAUAAUGGUAACAGCAGAAAGGAAAAGCUAGAUUUUGGUGUUGCUCUUACUUCUGGGGACUUGAGGAAAGGGGAAAUAUGUCCUGAGUAAGACCUCAUCCCUAACUGAAAAAUAGCCCAUUUUAAACAAUGAUGUACAUCAAAAGUGUGGAAACUCAUUCUCUUGGUUUUGUUUUCCUUUGUGUUUCGUUUUGUUUUGUUUUGUUUUUUUCUUUCUUUCUGCCCUUCAGGAAGCUCUUAGUCUGAUGUUUGAGCUGUUUUUUUUCUUUCUGAAAAGAAAGUGGAGUAGCUCUAUUCAUGUAAUGCUAGCUCACGUGCAA